GUAGCUUCCUAUUGAGCUAUGCAGGUCGAGAAUUGCAUCUCGCCGGCGAGUGAUCUCUCCAAGAAAUUUAUGAAUGUGGGCAGUGGCUUUUCGAGCUCCAAUGGAUCAGAGCUUUCGUUGCAGGACCAUCCUAUUAUAUCUGCAAGUGACAACCUGGAGAGAAGUUCACCUCUGAAAAAAAACUCCAGGGAGAUGACGAAUCAGUCAGAGGCAGACAAUUUUCCCGACUCCAAGGACGCAUCAGGGGACGUCCAGAGGGGCAAACUCUCUCCUGAUCUUCACGGAGUCUCUGACAUCCGUCAUAAUUUCGAUGGAUCUGCAGGAGAAAGGUGCAUCUUUUCUCCAUCUACCCAGCCGCAGUCAGUCUCAGCAGCUCCCAGUGCCAUGUUCCCUUACCCGAGCCAGCAUGGACCAGCGCACCCGGCUUUUUCUAUUGGAAGUCCCAGCCGAUACAUGGCACAUCAUCCGGUCAUAACCAAUGGAGCUUACAACAGCCUUUUAACCAACACUUCUCCUCAAGGCUACCCGACAGCGGGUUACCCUUACGCGCAACAGUAUGGACACACAUACCAAGGAGGUGCUUUUUACCAGUUCUCCUCAGCGCAAGCAGGACUGGUUCCGGGGAAAGCGCAGGUGUAUCUGUGCAACAGGGCCCUGUGGCUGAAGUUUCACAGACACCAAACAGAGAUGAUCAUCACAAAGCAAGGACGACGAAUGUUUCCAUUUUUAAGCUUCAACAUUUCUGGCCUUGACCCAACUGCCCACUACAAUAUAUUUGUGGAUGUAAUACUCGCCGAUCCAAAUCACUGGCGAUUUCAAGGAGGAAAGUGGGUGCCUUGCGGAAAAGCAGACACGAAUGUCAUAGGCAAUAGAGUUUACAUGCACCCGGAUUCGCCAAAUACCGGUGCGCACUGGAUGCGUCAAGAAAUAUCAUUUGGAAAGCUAAAGCUCACAAACAACAAAGGUGCCUCCAACAACACGGGGCAGAUGGUGGUUCUUCAGUCUCUCCACAAGUACCAGCCCAGGCUCCAUGUGGUGGAAGUAAACGAGGAUGGGACAGAAGACACCAACCAGCCAGGAAGAGUCCAGACUUUCACCUUCUCAGAAACGCAAUUCAUCGCUGUCACAGCUUACCAGAAUACCGAUAUUACGCAACUGAAAAUUGACCACAAUCCGUUCGCUAAAGGAUUUCGGGACAACUAUGACACUGUCUACACAGGCUGCGACAUUGACCGCCUAACUCCAUCACCGGGUGACUCUCCGCGUUCACAGAUCGUGCCGGGUGCGAGAUAUGCCAUGCCUAGCUCUUUCCUGCAGGACCAAUUUGUCAGCACUUAUGCCAAAUCUCGCUUUCACCCUGGCGUGGGGACUGGGCCUGGCACGGAGCGCAGCGUCCCACUCGGCAACAGCUUGCUAUCCCCGCAGCAAACCGAGGAGCCCAGUGUUGCCACCCCCCCGCAGCGAUGGUUUGUCACCCCUGCCAACAACCGACUGGACUUUGCUGCCUCGGCAUACGACGCCGCUGAUUUUGCCGGUAACGCGGCCACCUUACUGUCCUACGCAGCGGCCGGAGUGAAGGCUCUUCCCCUGCCGACUGCAGGCUGCUCCAAUCGGCCUCUUGGCUAUUACGCAGACCCGUCUGGCUGGGGAGGACGCACGCCGCCGCAGUAUUGUGGUGUAAAUAGUAAAUCCAGCUCGGUCUUUUCCUGCUGGCCUACUAACACCAUCGGUGGCAGAACAGGCACUAGCUACCUGUCCGAGGAGGGAGACUCCAUCACCACAGAGAGAUCACCCAUCGGCGGCUCGGAGGAGACCAAACCUAAAGACAUGACGUCUGAGUCGAGCUGGAUUGAGACGCCGUCCUCCAUCAAAUCCAUCGAUUCGAGCGAUUCUGGUAUCUUUGAACAGGCCAAGCGGAGAAGGAUCUCACCUUCUGCAACACCGGUUUCAGAGACAGUGUCCCCGUUAAAGUCUGAGCUGCUGACACCGAGAGAGUGUGAGAAAAACUGCACAAAGGACAUUGGUUAUUACAGUUUCUAUCCUCACAGUUAAAACGAAGCAAAGCCUAUCUAUCUAUCUAUCUAUCUAUCUAUCUAUCUAUCU